AUGCCUGUUGUCCAGAUGAUCUCCACGGAGGGCUCACACCUGACAGAUGUCAAUGAUAGCAACAAGUCCUUACUCCCUGGAUACCAGAUGACAGCAGCCAUGGAAAACAAGGGGACCAUUUCUAUUGAAGAGAGCCAGAACAACUCUCUUCAUGAUAAUCAGCUAGCAACUGUUACUGAGGGCUCCAUGGUGAACUUCAAUGCUGACCAAACCUCAUUUGAAGACUGUCCAUUCAUUUCCUGGGAUGACCAAGCCUCCUACGGGGGUCAAAUGGUGAUGUCCAGUGCUGAUCAGAUUUACCAUGGGCAUCAGAAUAUGGCCUUCAAUAGGGAGCAGAAUGUCUAUGGAAGUCUGGUGACCACUGCCAGUGGUAACCAGACAAACUUUAGGGAUCAGAUGACAACCUACACUGACCAGAAUGUCUACAGAGAUAAGAUGAGUGGUGAUCAGAUCUUCUAUAAUGAUCAAAUGACAGUUCCCAAUGGAAUCCAGACUCUCCAUGGGGGUCAACCAGUGCCCCAUGAUUCUAACCAGACUCUCUAUGGGGGUCAGACAAUGCCUUUUGAUAAGAACCAGACUCUCUAUGGGAGUCAGCCAAUGCCCCUUGAUUCUAACCACACUGUCUAUGGGGGUCAACAAAUGCCCCAUGAUUCUAACCAGAUUCUCUAUGGGGGUCAGAAAAUGCCUUUUGAUACUUCCCAGACUGUCUAUGGGGGUGAAAAAAUGCCACAUGAUUCUAACCAGACUCUCUAUGGGGGUCAGACAAUACCUCUUGAUACUAACCAGUCUCUCUAUAGAAAUCAAAUGAAAAUCUCCACUGAUGACUUCACCUAUGGGACUCUGAUGACACUCCCUAAGGGUAACCAAACUUUCUAUGGCAGUCAGAUGACAACUGCCAAUGUUGAGCAGACAGUCUAUGGGUUUCAGAAAAUGUCCCUCAGUGGUAACCAGGCUCUCCAUAGAAGUCAGAAGACCACUCCCAGUGAUGAGCCAACCUUUGAUGGAAACUCGAUGACACCCUGUGAUGGUAACCAAAGUCUCUAUGGAGGUCAAAGGACAAUCCACAAUGGAGACCAGGCCUUCUAUGAGAGUCAGACAAUCAUUCCCAGCAGUAAUGUAUCUUACUACAGGGCUCAGAGAACUGAUGUCCAGAAUCUCUGUGGAAGUCCGAGGACAACCCCCAGAGAUGAUCAGACCUUCUAUGGAUACCAUAGGACAACCCUGGAUGGUAACCUAACCCUCUGUGGGGGCCAGACAACAACCCCCAAUGGUGAGCAGACCUUCCACGACAUGCAGAUGACAACCCCCAGUGGGGACCAGACCAGUAAUCCAGGAUUGAUGAUGUCCCUUGACAGUAGCCAGAUGCCCUAUGAUGACAGAAGCUUAUACCAUUCAAACUCACACUUGGACCCAGGACAGCCCUCAGCAAGCUCUUCAAGCUUUCCUGUGCUACCAGGAAAUCUCCCAGAGAGGAAGAAGGACCUCAGGACCCAGACCCAAAAGAAAGGGAAGGCCCACAUCUGCCCUAAAUGUGGAAAGUCUUAUAAAAAUUCAACCUACCUCAAAUGCCAUGAACUCAGUCACACUGGGAAAAAGCCCUACAAAUGCAAAUUCCCGAAAUGCACAUGGGCAUUCAAGCGCUCAGAUGAGCUCUCCCGCCACAUGAGGACCCACACUGGACAAUUUACCUUCGAGUGUGAAUUCUGCCCCAAGGCCUACACACGAAGAAAGGGUUUCUCGCAGUCUGCCGAGAUCACAUUAGCUACUGGUUACCAUCGGAGUCCACCUCCUGCAUCUGCUUGGUCAGUCUCAACAGCACACCCUGCAAAAGUCCUUAAUAUACCCCUUGCAGAGCCAGCUAAGGCUGGUCCUGUUGGACAAGAAGCUAUGCCUGUUGUCCAGAUGAUCUCCACGGAGGGCUUAUACCUGACAGAUGUCAAUGAUAGCUCCAAGUCCUUACUCACUGGAUACCAGAUGACGGCAGCCAUGGAAAACAAGGGGACCAUUUCUAUUGAAGAGAACAACUCCCUUCAUGAUAAUCAGCUAGCAACUGUUAAUGAGGGCCCCAUGGUGAACUUCAAUGCUGACCAAACCUCAUUUGAAGACUGUCCAUUCAUUUCCUGGGAUGACCAAGCCUCCUACGGGGGUCAGAUGGUAACUUCCAGUGCUGAUCAGAUUUACCAUGGGCAUCAGAAUAUGGCCUUCAAUAGGGAGCAGAAUGUCUAUAGAAGUCUGGUGACCAUUGGCAGUGGUCACCAGACAAACUUUAGGGAUCAGAUGACAACCUACACUGACCAGAAUGUCUACAGAGAUAAGAUGAGUGGUGAUCAGAUCUACUAUAAUGAUCAAAUGACAGUUCCCAAUGGAAUCCAGACUCUCCAUGGGGGUCAACCAGUGCCCCAUGAUUCUAACCAGACUCUCUAUGGGGGUCAGACAAUGCAUUUUGAUAAGAACCAGACUCUCUAUGGGAGUCAGCCAAUGCCCCUUGAUUCUAACCACAUUGUCUAUGGGGGUCAACAAAUGCCCCAUAAUUCUAACCAGAUUCUCUAUGGGGGUCAGAAAAUGCCUUUUGAUACUUCCCAGACUGUCUAUGGGGGUGAAAAAAUGCCACAUGAUUCUAACCAGACUCUCUAUGGGGGUCAGACAAUACCUCUUGAUACUAACCAGUCUCUCUAUAGAAAUCAAAUGAAAAUCUCCACUGAUGACUUCACCUAUGGGACUCUGAUGACACUCCCUAAGCGUAACCAAACUUUCUAUGGCAGUCAGAUGACAACUGCCAAUGUUGAGCAGAUAGUCUAUAGGUUUCAGAAAAUGUCCCUCAGUGGUAACCAGGCUCUCCAUAGAAGUCAGAAGACCACUCCCAGUGAUGAGCCAACCUUUGACGGAAACUCGAUGACACCCUGUGAUGAUAACCAAAGUCUCUAUGGAGGUCAAAGGACAAUCCACAAUGGAGACCAGGCCUUCUAUGAGAGUCAGACAAUCAUUCCCAGCAGUAAUGUAUCUUACUACAGGGCUCAGAGAACUGGUGUUCAGACUCUCUGUGGAAGUCAGAGGACAACCCCCAGAGAUGAUCAGACCUUCUACGGAUACCAUAGGACAACCCUGGAUGGUAAUCUAACCUUCUGUGGGGGCCAGACAACAACCCCCAAUGGUGAGCAGACCUUCCACGACAUGCAGAUGACCAGGCCCAGUGGGGACCAGACCAGUAAUCCAGGAUUGAUGAUGUCCCUUGACAGUAGCCAGAUGCCCUAUGAUGACAGAAGCUUAUACCAUUCAAACUCACACUUGGACCCAGGACAGCCCUCAGCAAGCUCUUCAAGCUUUCCUGUGCUACCAGGAAAUCUCCCAGAGAGGAAGAAGGACCUCAGGACCCAGAUCCAAAAGAAAGGGAAGGCCCACAUCUGCCCUCAAUGUGGAAAGUCUUUUAAAAGUUCAACCUACCUCAAAUGCCAUAAACUCAUUUACACUGGGGAAAAGCCCUACAAAUGCAAAAUCUCGAAAUGUACAUGGGAAUUCAAGCGCUCAGAUGAGCUCUCCCGCCACAUGAGGACACACACUGGACAAAUGGCCUUCGAGUGUGAAUUCUGCCCCAAGGCCUACUCACGAAAGGAGCACUUAAAGUUGCAUCUAAAACGAUGCCACGAGCUGGGCAGUGAGCCCAAGGCCAUAACGUUCUCAAAUGAGCCAGAAACAGACGGGCUGUGA